AUGAGAACUGUACAUAUAAUAUAUAUUAUAACAUUGUUAUUGACAUUGUUGUGUUGGUCAUCGAUUGGAUCUUUGGCCUCACAAGAUGUGUCAAUCACAAUCGAUGACCUUGACCAAGGUCCCGACUCCUACGCAUCGGAUGUUGAACAACCAUGUAAUAUUGGAAUAAUACAUGAUUGGGGCUUCUCAAUGAUUGCCAAUAAUAACAGUGAUCAACCUUGGAGCUAUAGUGUGGACCCUGGUGUUGUGGAUAUUAGCUUCCAUAGACAGUUGGACGAAGGAUUUCAGGAGACUACUAUAUUUGGAUACUACGCAGCAAAGAUUGGAAUGAUCACUGAUUAUUAUCAAGAGUUUGUCUACUUUUUGAAUCAGACUGUCACGCUUCCUGAUGUCGGACCCAAUGAAGCAGUGGAGGUAUCAUUCACAUUGGAUACACCAUUGAUGAAUGUAUAUAUACUGUUUUAUAUUGAUGAUGAUGUUGUGUUUGAUAUUACACCAACAUUCACUCAAUAUGAGUCAACGACUCAAUCAUUCAUUAUACCAUUCACCUAUCUAACUGGUAAACGAUAUACUUUGGCCAUGGCAAUACUAUUCCCAACAUCCACUGUAAACUAUAUAUACGUCGAGGACUACAAGGCCAUGCGAAUACCCAUCCAGCUCAGUAGUUGCAAUCAAUCUUCGACAUCUGACAUCGAUCACAACUUUGGCAAAGCUCAUGCAUACUAUGUCUCGACAAAUGGAAGUGAUAUAACUGGAAAUGGAACGAUGGCGGCACCAUACUCAUCAGUACAACAGGCGAUAUUGUUUUCGGCCAACUCAAACUCGACGAUUUAUUUGAUGCCAGGUUCAUACUGUGGACUUGGAAACAGUUAUUUGGAUACCAAAGGCAAGGAUAUAACAUUGCGAUCAUAUGAUGAGACCAAUCGAUCGAUAAUAACUGGUCAAGAUCAACUUGAUCUGAUAUCAUUCGUUGCUACCAACGUCUAUCACUCGCUUACAUUGGACUCUUUGGUGUUUGAGCGGCCCAACACACUGGAGCAAGGCUCGGCCAUACUCAUCUCGGGCAUGUCGCUACUAUACGUCAACAACUGCCACUUUGGACGCAUGGCCAACAACUCAAUCACAUUGAACUACCUCAACAACAUCCAGUUCAACAAUAGCGUUUUUGAAGGAUACACUGGCUACGCACUUUAUGUGACCGGCCUGUUUGGCGACGAGAUCAUCUCGAUGAGCAACUGUGUGUUCCGCGGCUCGAUGGCCGCGUACCUGCUCAACUUACAAUGGGCGGUGAUCAGCAACAGCACAUUGAAUGACGGCUCCCCGGGCAUUGACGAGGUGCCCUGCGCCCUCUCGAUCAACAUUGUGGACGCGGUCGAUGUGAGUGACUCGCGCGUAUCAAUGACCACCUGCGCCAUGCAGUCAUUCCUCCGCAUGACCAAUGUAGAGUUUGCCAGUGAAGGCUACGACGAGAACAUCAUCCUGGUCCAGAACUCUGCGUUGCGCAUCAGAAACAGCACGUUCCAGCAGUAUGCCGCCAACUAUGGCAUCCUGGCCUUCCAGAGCAAUGUCACUUUCGACGCGACACUCUUCAACACGAGCACAUCAAACACGAUAAUGGCGGUGACAAGCCAGCUGAUCAUCACAAACUGCACGUUCAUGGAUGAGCUGAACCCGCUCCAAGUCGACAUGUCCACGGUCAACAUCUCAAACACCAUGUUCCAAGGCACACGAGCAUUCAUAUCUGGCACUCAAUCGAUGAUCCACUUGUCCAACAACCGGAUGGAGGACAUGAGCGUGGGCCAAGCUGGCAAUAUACUCAACUCAGAGAUACACUCCACGAACAACAUUUUCCACCAUAUUGUGUGCAGCAGCCAAUCCUUCUACAACCUCUACGAAACAAACCUCUUCGAGACGUCCAACAUCAUCUCGGACAGCAGUUGCCAGUACAUAGAAGCUCGCGCCGCCAGCAACCUGCAAAUCUACCACACACAGUUCCUGCGCAACAUCCAGGUCAGUCUGAUCGGCUGCUACGACACCACCAAGGUCCAAGCAUUCAACAUCACCGGCAGCUUCAACUCGGCACCUAUGGCACCGGUCCUGCACGCAGCCGAUGGCGCAAUCGUCCAGAUCACUCAAUCAAACUUUGAUCACAAUCACGCUGGACAAGGUGGUGUGAUGGCCUCGUCCGGCCAGAGCACGCUCAAUCUGAUCAACUCGACAUUCGAACUGAACUCGGCGCAGCAGACAGGUGGCCUGGUCUACACGUCGUCCACAGUGGAAGUACUAAUGGACGAUGUGAUGGCCGUCAGCAACUGGGCCAACGAAGGCUCGAUCAUAUAUUACUUGGUGCAGGGGCCACUAAUCAAUGGGUCGACAUUCACCAACAACACACAGACUUAUGGCAAUGAGGUGGCGCUGGGCACGGCCUACUUCUCCAUCAUCUACACAGGGCUCAACUAUAGUGUCUAUGGCAUACCACCCAGCAUCGACAGUGGCAGCCACGGCUACAGAUUCGACAUCCAACUGCAGGACGCCAAUGGCAACAACUUGACCAACAAGUUCUGUCACACUUCCACGUGCUAUGUCUACGUGUCAGUGGGCGGCCAGUUCCUCCAGUCGUGCCAGAUCACGCCCGAUGGCACCGCACACUUUGUCAACAUCACACUGUUUGGAGACAUUGGCGCGACGACCAACAUAGUGUUCUCGAGCAAUGAGCCAAACAUCAAAGAACAGACUUCAGAGGUGACGUUCAAUAAUUGCAGCGCGGGACAUAUGCCGAGCUCCAACGACUUGUUGUGCUCGCCGUGUCAAGCCGGCAGCUACGGUAGCAAUGGACUGACGUGCAGUGUAUGUCCGUCGAACGUCGUGUGCAAUGGACCUUCAUACUUGCCUGCCGAUGGAUACUGGAUAGAGGACAGUCUAGACGACCUUGUAGCAUACCAAUGUCCGCCAGGUCUAUGCCAUGACGGAAACUGCAGUGCCGACUACACCGGUCCGCUCUGUGCCGAAUGCAUUCCAGGCUAUUACAACUGUGGAUCAGGUUGCAAGCAUGUGGAUGGUCCAAAUAUUACAGUGAUCGUACUCAAGUUGUUGAUAUCAUUCUUUCUGGUACUAUUCCAACAGAUGUCUGAUAAUUCAAAGGGAUUGGUGACCAUCGCAAUGUACUUUGUCCAGAACUUGGUGGUGAUAUCCAAUGGCAUCAAGUUCAGUAUAAUGAGCGCUAUAAGUGGAUCGCAAUCUAGUCAUACCGGCAGUGGCGGCACGUCAUCAAUCAUCUCAUUCAUGAGUGAUUGUAUGGGCCCGAUGGGAUUCUACACCAAUCACUACAUCAUCCUGAUGCAGCCACUCAUCAUGUUUGCGAUACUCUUGGUGAUCGUGGCAAUGGAGUGGGGGCUGCGCCGCACAGGCAUCCUGUUCCGCGUGCCCGUCAUCAGAACAUUCGUUAACGAGAGUGAGCGCGACUUCCGCUCGCGCCAGUUCUCGGCCUUUAUCAAGAUCUGCAUGAACUCGUACGGCCCCUUCAUCACGGAGAUCAUGCUGAUCCUGUUCUGCUACCACGUGGGCUCGUACGUGCUGCUCAACGCCAACCAAGGCGUGCAGUGUGCAGGCGACCAGUACGACACAGCGCGCAAGGUCACCCUCGGCCUCAUGUCCUUUGUAUUCCUGUUUCCAAGCGGUAUCAUGGCGUUACUGUUCUAUUAUCGCCGCAGGAUGCACCAAGAGCGAGAGAUUGGACGCAAGCUUGGAGUGUUCUUCCUCAAGUACAAACCUCGCUUCUACUUCUGGGACGUUGUGCUGCUGUGUAAGCGACUUGUAAUAGUCACGCUGUCACUGCUGCCUCUGGCUGCGCCACAGCGCUCGAUCUCGCUGGUGGUGCUGUCGUUUGGAUCGCUGUUCCUUCAGCUCAAGUACCAGCCAUUCGUGCAGGCCAACGACAAUCACUUGGAGACCAUCUCUUUGAUGUUAUUAUUCGUCUGUUGUAUAUAUCUUGACAAUGCACUAUGGGAGACGACCGAACAAUGGAUCAUCAUGCUCAGUUUGGUCGUGUUCAUCAUUGCCGCGUUAAGAUUACAAUUCGAUCUUUAUUGGCGCCAUGUCAAAGAAGUGACCCGACCCCUUGUGGACAAGUUGCGAUCACUCCGCGGACCCACCACAUCCACGACAGGCACAUCAAGGAAGCGAACGACAUCAUCUUCAUUGGGCAGGUCGUAUGAUCCAUUUGACGACACACCAACCAUCACAGAUAGUGAUGGUGCCAGUCUGGACCCCGAACAAUUGGUCAAUGAGCACACAAGAUUACUGAUCAGUAAUGUCAAUAUCAAAGACAAUCACUUCAAUAGACAUCAUGGAAGUGAUGAUGAUGGUGAGGAUGAUGAUGACGACAAUGACCAAGUCAACGACCAGUCGUCAGCUGACCGGGUACCAAUCACUGAUCAUCAAAGUUAUGGAGACUAUUCACGAGAUGGAUCAUUGAACUUUGAACAAAUAAUGAUGGUCACCAAGCGUGCAUAA